GCUCUCGGGUUCUUCGUGAGGCCGAGACACCUUUUUCUUCCUCUCUAAAAACCUUAAGGAAAGAAAAGCAAAAAAAAAAAAGAGAAAAAAAAACAUUUGACGAAUUCUUCCCGGGCCCCAAAAAAAGGCUUUUGGCGCAUUUUUUCCCUCCCUUAGAAAUAGAGAAAACUUUCUUUUUCAAAUUCUGAAAGUCUCCAACGUCUAAAAAAAAAUCUCCAACAUCGAGGACGACUCGUCAUGGCCGCGAGCAUGUCCUUGAGGCGUGUGAAGGUCGUUGUCUUCGCCUUUGCGUUGGUCGUCCUCGCUCCUGAUGGGGUCGAAGCCGGAGUGGCAGCCAGGAGCGGGCUGUGUGCCCUCUACGGCGGCCGCUGCCUCCCCUCGGACGCCUGGGUCUGCCACGCCCUCGGGGGACCGGCGGCGUGUGCUGACGGAGGCGACGUUUGCUGUGAUGAAUGUCCCUUCAAGACGCGCUCUCAAUGCUUGGAAAACAACGGCGUCUGCAAAUCGAGCUGCGCCCCCGACGAGCAAGCGUUGCAAGGCGGCUGCAGGGGAGACGGUUGCAUCUGCUGCGCCUCCUGCAGGAUCAGGCCGAGGUGCCAGGCGAGGGGCGGGUCCUGCGUCAAGGGCGUGACGGAUUGUCCUUCGGGAUUGGUCGACAGCACCGGCUGCGAGGGAGACCAGUGCAUGUGCUGCCUGCCGGCUCAUGGAACCACCACGCAGUCGCCUCCAACCUGUAGUGGGGUAAAAGAAAUCAACUCAACCUACGGGGUCAUUAGCAUGGGGUCAGAGGUCAACCCAUACGAGAACAACCUGGACUGCGCGUGGCGAAUCGAGGUCAGGCCGGGUCAUCAGCUGACCUUGGUGUGGCUGAGGAUCAACAUCGAGGGCGAGAUUGAGUGUGGUUUCGAUUUUGUCGAGUUGGAGGUUGAAGGAGGAAGCGGAGAGAGCUCGAAAUUCUGCGGAUUCGAGAUUCCUUCGCCUCCAACGACCACGCACACGACCCCCGUAGUCGUUCGUUUCCACUCCGAUUCCUCUGUGACUGGCACUGGCUUCGUCUUGCUUCAUUACGUGACACCGACGGGACGAGAACCGACGACGCCCCCUCCCCAUCCCCCUUCCCCUCCUCCUCCUCCUUCCCCACCCACUCCCCCUCCCCCUCCCCCGCUCUUCUGCAAUGGAUCAUACGAGAUGAGCGGUCUCUCGGGGAACAUCAGAGCCACGUACCUCCACGCCUACGAGAACAACAUGGACUGCGAGUGGAGGGUGACGACGCCGGAGAAUUCCCUCGUCCACUUCCACUUCGAGAGCUUCGACCUCGAGGACUCCCCACGCUGCGACUUCGAUUACCUGGAGCUGGAGGACCUGUCGGUGCCUGGUCUAAUUCUGACGGGAGGUCGUCUGUGCGGCAGCGAAGUCCCAGACGACAUCACGUCUUUCGGCAACGAGGUCGUCGUCAGAUUCCACUCCGAUUCUUCCGUCAUGGGCCUCGGUUUCGUCCUCCACUUCGACGCUGUGUUCGCCCCGCCUCCCCCUCCCCCACUCGUCUGCAAUGGAACAUAUGCAGAGAUGAACAGCCUCUUCGGCUACAUCAGGCCGACCUACAACGGCAGCUACGAGAACAACAUGGACUGCGAGUGGAGGGUGACGACGCCGGAGACUUCCCUGGUCCGCUUCCACUUCGAGAGCUUCGACCUGGAGAAUUCCACAGGUUGCGUCUUCGAUUACCUGGAGUUGGAGGACCUGUCGAUGCCCGGUUUUAUGCUGACGGGGUGAGUGGUUGGGCCUGGAAGUCGUUGGAGUUAUGUUAAGCACUGUUUUGCCUGCUGUUUCGGCUUUACUUGUGACCAGAUCAUCUUACACUGUAUUCUGUUUUGUUCAUCGGAUGGACAAUCUUUCGAGUGUUUCUUUAGGAUAUAAGUAAUGUAACAACCACGCCAGGGUUCAAGUAGGGUGGGGGGAGGGAGGUAAAAUGACCAGAUUGGAAUAGGUUCAGUAGUAGCGUUUCUUCUUAUUGUUAUAUCUGAAGACCUACACAGUUAACUCUUGUAUGCCGUGAAUAAAAGCUAAGUAACGUA